GGGCGUGGAAUUCACAGCCUCCCCACCCAUCCGCAGGGGUCUCCUGGGAGGAACCCACAGGCGAUGGGAACCCUGAAGCUGGGCUACGGCGUCCGCCCGAGCCUUUUCUUAAAUGCGCCAACCCCGGAAGCGGGGCAUCCAAGGGAGCGAGGGACGGGCCACGCACGUCCUGGCGUUCAGUACGGGGCAGCUUCUCCGGCUGGUGGGAGGGUGGGGAGCCUCUCAGGCAGGGUGGCAACCAACUAUAUCUGAGGACCAGAGCCAUUUUGGGGCACCAGAACUUGUGACCUCUCCAUCUCCACCCAGCUGGGUCCAGGGGCCACUCUCAGCACCCACCUCAGCUGCUGACAUCAUAAGGCAGACUUGGGAACCUGGAAGCACACUGGAGAACCUUUUCCUGAGACAUGGAGCUUUGGGGCCGUAUGCUGUGGGCCCUCCUGUCUGGCCCAGGGAGAGGGGGAAGUACCCUCGGCUGGGCCUUCAGCUCAUGGCAACCCCAACCACCUCUGGCUGGGUUAUCCAGUGCCACAGAACUGGUCAGCCACUGGACUAGGGUCUUUGAGAAGAGAGGUAUCCCUGAGGCCCGGGAAUCCAGUGAGUACAUCGUGGCUCAUGUCCUUGGAGCCAAAACAUUUCAGAGCCUGAGGCCGGCACUUUGGACCCAGCCCUUGACCUCUCAGCAACUACAGUGUAUCCAGGAGCUGAGUAGCCGCCGAUUGCAGAGGAUGCCGGUGCAGUACAUCCUUGGAGAGUGGGACUUUCAGGGGCUCAGCCUGAGGAUGGUGCCCCCAGUGUUUAUUCCUCGGCCAGAAACAGAGGAACUGGUUGAGUGGGUGCUGGAAGAGGUGGCCCAGAGGUCCUAUGCUGUGGGAUCCCCAGGCAGCCCCCUCAUUCUGGAGGUAGGCUGUGGAUCGGGAGCCAUCUCCCUCAGCCUGCUGAGCCAGCUCCCUCAGAGCCGAGUCAUUGCUGUGGAUAAGGGGGAAGCUGCCAUCUCUCUGACCCAUGAGAACGCUCAGAGGCUUCAGUUGCAGGACAGGAUUUGGAUCAUCCACCUCGACAUGACCUCAGAAAGGAGCUGGACACACUUGCCCUGGGGCCCUGUGGACCUGGUCGUCAGCAACCCUCCCUACAUCUUCCACCAGGACAUGGAACAGCUGGCCCCCGAGAUCCGCAGCUAUGAAGACCCUGCGGCCCUGGACGGUGGGGAGGAGGGCAUGGACAUCAUUACCCACAUCCUGGCCCUGGCACCCCAGCUCCUGAAGGACUCUGGUAGUAUCUUCUUAGAAGUGGACCCAAGGCACCCGGAGCUUGUCAGCAGCUGGCUUCAGAGCCGGCCUGAACUGUACCUUAAUCUUGUGGCUGUGCGCAAGGACUUCUGUGGGAGGUCCCCUGAUCCCUUACUCCCAGGUAGCGCCAGGGCGAGAGUUUCCUUCUGCCCCAGCAGGGCUGGCCAUCAGUCCCCUGCUUGGUAGGGGUGUGCGGGUGCAGCGUGGAGGAAGGCACGUGAGUCCUCACUCCUGGCCUUGGAUACCAUGGGGCCUGGUGUAGAGCAGCUCACUCCCAGGGACUGAAUCAGUCCUCCACUGCCCUGGGUGCAUGCGAACACACUUCCCUGGCCAAGCCUGGCUCAAGCACAGGAAGCUCAUCUGCAUUUCGGCUCAAGGAUGACUGCCUGCUUUCUGGAGGGGAGGGCCUGGAGGUCCUUGCUGCACAGUUCCUGGGUCGCACAUCCACAUUCAUUUAACGGAAGGCUUGAGCCAGUGAGGGGUGUUUCCUUUUUAUCCCCAUAGCUUUUAACUAAAACAUCCCUCCUGAGUUGACCCCCUGGGGUUUCAAAUAACCCAUGUGUACCUGGUUAGGGCUGGGGAGAGUGAGAAACUGAGAUACUGGGCACAGGAUUGUGGCCUCCACCCCAGCUCUGGUCUGUGCAGACUCAUGGCCACCAGGAGGCUUGCAGAUCCAGCCUUCCUAUCAACAGUGACAGGAAAUCUCUAGGUUGGUGAGUACUGGUGGUGUGAGCCUGCUUCAGGGUGGGUCCUAAGGAACAUGGCAAACCAGGCUGGCUCAUUCCACUAGACUGCCCCCUGCCACUCCAGCACUUCCCAGGGCCUGGCAGUAUGGUCUGAUGGGCAGUGUGGUCCAAUGGGCAGCAUCCUCUGCUGCAGCCAGGAGAGCUGAGUUCCAAGGCUGUGUCCUGCAGUGGGACCUUGGGCAGCUCCUUUCCCUAUGAGAAGCUGGCUCUUCUGAGUCCAAGGUCAACGCCAAGUGGCAGCCUCUUUCCUCUUAGCCAAGUGGAAUGUGCAUGCUGGCAUCUGAAUGUCCAUUCUCCAGGCAGAGAGAACAAGAGAAGGUGUGAACUGCCUGAGGUCCCAUGAUAGUGGCCAAGUGGAGAUAGUAAGUUAGAUCCGUCCCUUUGGGGAGCCUAUAUUGCUGGAGUCACACCCAGCCUAAGUGUCGCCCUGCACUAUGGCUGGAGGAUGCAUUUGGCAGAGGUCACGCUACAGCUCCCAGCGCCCCAGUGGCCUGCCCCAUGCCCAGCCCCAGCUGCAUGAACCUUGAGCUGCCCCUGGCUUCCUUUGAGGAGGCUGCUCCAGAAGGAACUUGGGUUGGGAGGCAAAGGGGUGCACAACCAGGGCGAGGCUCCCCACUCCCUGAGUUCCCUGUGCUCACAGACCUUUGCCUGCUAAGGUCCUCACCAGUGUUGCCCUUUCUGUCUUCCUCCCUGUGCCCUUUGGCUCUUGCUAUCUUCAGCAGCAUCUCAGGGUAGUUGCCGUGACCUUAGUGCAGUCUGUCAUCCCCCACCCCUCAGCCAGUCCUGGCUUCCCUGAUGGUCUCACCCUCCUGGCCUCAGGCCCAUUCCUGAGGAAGGGCCUUGGCGAGCUUGUGGAUGUUGCACCAGAAGAGAGUGCAGUGUUGGAGAGUGACAGUGUUGGGGCAGCUGGGGCCACAAGCAGGAGCGGCCCUCAGGGACAACUUUCUGCCCAGAAAAAUGUGCAGCUUGACUCUGCUGAGGAAAAGAUCCAAGCCAAGAGGACUGGCAGGUGGGGCCUCAAGCCUGCAGCCACUGGCUUGAUUGGGCCCUGGACAUUGAGCCCUGAUGUUGUAGCCACACCAGCCUGGAUUUCAAUCCCAGAAUCUGCCCCUCACCACAAUGUGACCUUGGGCAGAUGACUUCACCUCACUCAGCCUUGGCUUCUAAGACUGAGAAAUGUGACUAAAUGCUUUAUUUCAUAGGAUGCGUGUGAAGAGCCCAUGGAAGGUGCCUGGCUUGGCACAUUGUGGCAUUUUUUCUUGCCUUCCCCAGAGGGCAGACACAGGGAGGAAGGACCUGGUGCUCUCAGGCAUCCAUCUGAUGCUUGGGACCAACAUAAGGCAGGCAGGGAUACAAGGCAGUCUGGAAAGAAGGGUAGGCAGGAGUUUCAGUCUUGGGCUCUUGACUCCUCAUUGUUGUCUAGAGAUGGAGCCAGCAGGCUGGUAGCCUGGCAGCCCACAUCUCCCCUCAGCCCCUCACUAUGGCCCCAGUGCCUUGAGGCCCAGGCCAGGGCAGCCAGUGGCUUCAGCUCAGGGAAAGCCAGGCUCACCUGCCCUAUCCCCUCCCUUGCUCCUGAGGCCAAAGCCAGAGACUCGAACUACCUCCCCAUCACCACCAGCAUACGUCAAGGAGCACUUGCAGGCAGAAUGGGAGGAGGACAUGGAGCUGAUGGUGGAGUCCAGGCUGUGCAGGCCCCUGAGGUCUUGAGAGAUGUGCCUACUGCCCAUGCAGCCUCCUUCAGCCAGAGCCCAGAGCACAGACAGGAGUGUAGGAGUCCCUGUUUGAUGUACUCUGGGAAAGUAAUUCUAUCUCCUCUUCUGAUAGUUGGGGAAACUGAGGCCUUAUCUCACAGUUGGAUGCUUUUCCCAGUUGUCAAUGGGUUUCUCCAUGGGGCUCAUCCAGCUGCCUUAUUGAAAUAUGCCUCCAACCCUGUAAAUGCAAGAAAUCUACUAUUUUUGGCUCCUUUACCCCCACCUGGGCCCUGGGCCAUUGGCUGCUCCCAAUCCCUGCCCCAAAUACUUAGCUGGCUCCCCAUGACUUAAGUGUGUUCUCUUGUGUCCUAUGGAAUCCAGUUCUGAAGAGAUGGUGGAGGACAACUGUGGGAAAAGCCCUGGGGUCCCUCCCAAGGCCCCAUUAGUGCUCUGAGUAGGCUGCCAUCAGAACAAAGGGUUCCACUGCUGACAAGGUUUGAGAACUGCUGGCUUGAGGUGGGAACCCCUUUAACCUCUGCGGGACAGCAUGUCUUUCCCUAUCCACCUUCGAUUCUUUUCUCUCUUCAUUGGCUCCUUCUUAGUGGAUUCUUUUCUCUACUGCCCUGGGCUUCAGCCUUUGUGCAGCACUGUUGAUGCCCUGAACACACACCUUCCCUCUGCCCAGGCAGUGCAAACAAUCCACUUCUUCAAGCUCCAACACAAAUGCUGCUUCCUUUAGGACAACUGCUCUGUGCUCUCCCUGCCUCCCCUAGCUCAUACCUCUGCUGGCACCAAUGACCUUCUGUACCAUGCCUUCAGAAACCUUCUUAUCCCCCUCAUCUCUGGGGCCCCCUGUGGAUCUGGCAUACCCAGAUUCAGUAAAUGUCUACCGGUAAGCUGAUGGUACAUGCAUUUUCUAGAAUAGAGCUGGGACUUCCCAUGUGGCCCACAUCUGACCUGGCGGCCCAUGUAUUCCGGUCAUUAGGGAGAGGAAGCCAUGAGGACCUGGCCUUCUGCCAGACCCAGGCAGCCAUUCAAGUUGAGCGGUGGCCACUUCGAAUGCUCAAGUGCACCUGAUCCCUGUGCGACAGCCAUGCCAGGAGAACAGGCUGUCCUUGGCGGCAGUAGGAGCAGGCGCCAGGUUUCCUGGAGCUCUUGGCUUCAGCCAGCCCCCAGCCAGAGUCCUGGCUAGGGCAGAGACCUGAUCUCCCCCUCAUGACUUUCUACCUUGGACAAGCCCCCUGAACUGGAUUUGGGACUGUCAAAGCAACUCUACCACUGCUUUGGUAGGCUGAACAGUGACCCCCCAAAAUCGCAGUGUCUUAAUCACCUAAUCCUUAACAUGUGACUAUAUUACCUUCACAUAGCAAAAUGGACUUUGCAGAUGUGAUUAAAGAUCUUGAGAUGGAAAGAGUAUCCUGGAUUUUUCAGGUAAACUGAGUAUAAUCACAAGGGCCUCUGUAAAGGAGGCAGGAGUGUCAGAGUGAUGGAAGAAAAUGUAUGUAACAAUGGAAGCAGAGGUCAGAGUGAUGCAAUUGCUGGAGGAAGAGCCAUGAGCCAAGGAAUGCAGACAGCCUUUUCUUCCCUGGGGCCUCAAGAAGAAUGCAGUCCUGCCAACACCUUGAUGUUAAGCCCUGUGAAACUGAUUUCAGAUUGCUGACCUCCAGAAUAGUAAGAUCAUAGGUUUGUGUUGUUUUCAGCCACUAAAUGUGUGAUAAUUUGUUACAGCAGCCAUGGGAAAUGAAUACAGAUUGUGGUGCCCAAAUUAGUGCUGCUGUAACACAUGCCUACUGACUGAAGUGGCUUUGGAAUUGCAAUGUGGAAAUGGGCAGAGGCUGGAAGAAUUUUGAGUCAUGAUAAAUUGCCUUAAUCAUCUCUCUUCAGAUAGGUGAUAUGGCCCGGGGAACUCUUCCUCAACCUUCAGACCUAAACUGCCCAGGCUCCCCAUUUUUUACUCUUAUUUGGAGAGAGGUGGCCCUUUCCCAGAGUGAGAAGACUGGAAGACUGACCAGCAUGGGUCCCAGAAGGGAGUGGGUGAGGAAUGGUACUGGGAUGUGGGGAGAGAGUGCAAGGCUGGCCUCCAUGACCCAUCUCCAGAGACUGGGUCCAGAGAGGACCUCAGAGACUGGGGCCAAGCCUGUUCCUGCUUUCCUGUGGAGUUAAUAUGACUGGCCCAGGACCCCUUGGGUGUGUGAGGAUGAGCAGGGGCCCUAUACUCUCUGGGUUGCAGGUACUGCAUCUGUGAAAUGAGCACAGCAGCCCCUGACUUUGAGGUAAUGGGCCUGGCCCCUCCAUGUAAGCCAUAGGCCUGAGCAGAGCUGUGUCACCAUUCUGUUCCUAUGGUGAAAUGGGGCUAUCCCUGGGGUUCUCAACCUCCUGGUCCCUAAAACUGAAGUGGCCAACUGGUGCCCUCAGCCCUGUCCCUGUCCAGGCUGGGACUAGGACCUCCCUCUCCAGGGGUACUAAGGGACUCUGGAGACACUAUCCCACCUGGCCAAGGCUUAGGGCUCCUGAGGCCAGUCCUAACCCAGGAGCCAUAUGGAGAACUACUGGGAAGCCAGACAUGGGCCUCAUGCUGGGUUUCAGAGCUGAGAAGCUAGGGGACAGAGAGCAUGGACGCCUGGGUUCAAGGGUCAGCUUGGCCCCAAAUCACCUGGAUACACUUUGGAUGAAGCCAGGAGGGCCUGUUUAUACUGGAAGGGGUGGAUCUUGGCAAGACUUAUGUUCAAUCCCUGAUCUUUUUUUCCCAGAGAGGGAUGGGGCUUACUUAAAGUAACACAGCACUUGACUACUGA